AUGGAUUUGACUAACUGUUCAAGGGUGGAAGAAUUCAUACUCCUUGGAUUCCCACAUGUCUGGGGAAUCAAUAUCACUUUAUUUGUACUUGUCCUCCUGCUCUACAUUUUAUCUAUUGCAGGGAAUUGUCUUAUCAUUGUCAUGGUGAGAGCUGACUACAGGCUCCAAAAGCCAAUGUAUUUCUUCCUUAGCAACCUCUCUUUCCUUGAGGUAUGGUACACUACUGCUGUUGUCCCUAAGAUGUUGGCCAACCUUCUCUCAGAAAAGACCACCAUCUGCUUCUACUGCUGCAUGGCACAGUCCUACUUCCACUUCCUCUUCGGCAUCACAGAGUUCUACAUCUUGACUGUCAUGUCAUUUGAUAGGUACGUGGCGAUCUGCCAGCCGCUGAGAUAUUCCACCAUCAUGACCUCUAGCCUCUGCCUUCAGCUUGCACUGGCUGCCUGGUUUGGGGGAUUUUUCACCAUCCUGUUGCAGACUAUAUUAGUGGUAAGGCUUCCCUACUGUGGCUCGAACAUUGUCAACCAUUUCUACUGUGACAUAGGACCGAUGCUGAAGAUUGCAGGUGGCGACACACAUCUCAUUGAAGUGAUCGGCUUCUUCAUUGCUGUGGCUGUGAUAUUGACCUCUCUGCUGUUGACCGUGGUGUCUUACAUCUUCAUCAUCUCCACCAUUCUCCGCAUCCCUUCUAUUAGUGGUCAGCAGAGGGCCUUUUCCACCUGUGCCUCUCACCUGACCGUGGUCAGCAUCUUGUACGGGGCUGUCCUUUUCAUCUACUUAAGACCUAGUGCCAAGCACUCAUCUUUCAGCCUCAAUAAAGCCAUCUCCGUGCUUAACACUGUGGUCACCCCUGUGCUCAACCCUUUCAUAUACACCAUCAGGAACAAUGAAGUCAAGGAAGCUUUACGGCAAUCCUUACAAAAGAAGGCUUUGAGUUUUCCUAAAGUCCACCUGCUGGUCUGUACAGCAAAAGGCUAA